AUGCAUGCUAUCGACCACGGCACCCUGUUUGAUAUUGAAGAUUUUGGAAUCACACUCAGCACUGGCGUGACCUGUCCUAAGCACGGCUGGUCCUUUGAUCUUUUUUCUGGUCAAGCAGAUCGUGGCAAUUACAAGCUUAAGAUUUGGGAGGUGCAGCUUCGUGACUCUUCGUUAUGUUCUGGAGAGGGCGCUGAAAGUAGUGAACAGGAGGUGUGGGUUAGGCGGAAACAGCGUAUUGGCUGA